AUGGCCAAGCUCCCCACAGCCCUCCUCUCGAGGAGCCUACCAUCAUCCACAUCCGCCCUCCUAUCCAGCACACCGAGACCAACAGCAUCGAGGAUAGCAAGGCAGACCACACAACAAGUCCGGCACGCGACCGAGGUCGUCCGGCCCAAGCGGCCUUACACCUUCACACAGAUAGUCCAGCUGAGUGACGGAUCGACCUACACCACGCGGUCCACGUCCCCGGCGCCGGUGCACCGGUCCACCAAGGACACGCGCAACCACCUGACCUGGCAGCCGUCCGAGGUGUCGCUCAAGAACGUCGAGCUCGACGAGGCCGGAAAGCUGGCCAGCUUCAGGGGCCGGUUCGGAACCAUGUACGACCUGGCGGACGAGCCGGACGCCGCGGACGCAUCGGCGGCAGCAGCAAGCGCGGGCGGGAAGGACGAUGGCGCUUUGGACAACCUGUCCGACCUGAUGGCCACGUACGUGAGGGAUGAGCCGAACCUGAAGGGCGGACAGGUCGCUUCAAAUCGUGUCGCGAAGAAGGGGAAGAAGAAAUAA